AGCCUUCAACUGUUUCUAUAAGUUGACGUUGUUGUUUACAGUUCAAACAGCUGUAACGCCCAUAACACAUGCAUGUCAGUCCUGCUUCAAUGACAACAUAAACACAGCUUCGUAUUGAACUGGCAUGGUUAUUUUUCCACAGGAUUAAGUCAAAUGGUUUGCAAAGAAAUGGGAGAGAGUGAGAAUGAAGAUCAGUGCUUGUAUCCUGGUAUUAUUGGGAGUGAAAUUCGUUCCCGUCUGCAGCAGUUUGUGGAGGAGAGGAUGCACACCACCAUGCUGACGGGUGUAUUGAUCGGUGCCGUGGUGGCUGUGUGUCUGAUAGGAAUCUCUGUGCUUUUCCUCUAUCGCAGAUAUAAACUGGCGAACCAACAGGCUGGUGUUCCACGCUACCGCUUCAGAAAAAGAGAUAAAGUGCUUUUUUAUGGCAGGAAAAUCAUGAGAAAGGUCCAGACCUUGUCCUCGACACCAUCCUCCUCUUCGGUGUCUAAGCAGCGCUCUCGGAAGAGGCCUAAAGUUCUUAGUAUAGCACGCAGGAUCUUGCGGAUCAGGAAGGAGCCGCCCACUUUGCAGCCUAAAGAACCACCUCCCUCUCUCCUGGAGGCAGAUCUCACUGAGUUUGAUGUGCAGAACUCAAACCUGCCCUCUGAGGUGCUCUACAUGCUCAAAAAUGUCAGGGUACUUGGUCAUUUUGAGAAGCCUUUGUUUUUGGAGCUGUGUCGGCAUAUGGUGUUUGUGGAGCUGCAGGAGGGAGAGGGGCUGUUCAAGCCUGGGGAUGAUGACGACAGCAUUUAUGUGGUUCAGGAUGGAAGGCUGGAGCUUUGCAUUCAUGAAAUUGAUGGCACAGAGCCUGUGGUGAAGGACGUGUUGCCCGGGGACAGCGUUCACAGUCUGCUCAGCAUUCUAGACAUCAUUACAGGUUAUCCUGCUCCCUAUAAGACCGUGUCUGCUCGUGCAGCGGUCAGGUCAACCAUAUUGCGUCUGCCUGCCUCAGCUUUCCAGUCAGUGUUUGAGAAAUACCCAGAGACGCUAGUGAGAGUCAUACAGAUAAUCAUGGUGCGUCUGCAGAGAGUCACUUUCCUGGCACUCCACAACUACCUGGGACUGACGACUGAGCUUUUUAAUCAGGAGAGGCAAGCAGUGCCGUUGUUUGCGGUCAACAGCGUGCUCACAGAGGGGAGUCCCAGCAGAGUCCCACGCAGACCCCACAUUCAGACACAAACAGAAGACGAGCACCUGCAGGGCUCUGGAGAGAACUUGACAGACUCCGAUGGAGGGCAAGCUGGUUCGUAUGAAAACACGUCCACAGUCACACGGAGGUCUCGCUCGGUCUCAAUGCCUGUAGAGAGCUCAGGAGUGGCAGGAAAUGACCUGAACAUGGCUUACGAACGGGCACGAGUUACCAUAGAUGAUCCUCCAUCCAAUUCUGUCAUUCACAAGUCCAUUUUGAAGAAGAGUGUGACCAUGCAGCAUGCUCCAUCCGCUGUGAUUCACUACACGGACAAUGCACCACACUCCGACGUCCCCCCUAGUAAAGUGGGCGCCAUUUUCCAGGCCGCCAAGAAGGAUCUGCUGGGGAUUAUUCCGCUGCAGGACCCCAGUUUGCUGGAGGGCAGAGUAACGCUCCAUCAAGUUAAAGCUGGAUCCAUUGUAGCUCGCCAAGGAGAUCAGGAUGUAAGUGUGCAGUUUGUGAUCUCGGGCACGCUGCAUGUGUACCAGCGGAUGAUUGACCGAGAAGUGGACACGUGUCUGUUCGUGGCUCACCCAGGAGAGUUGGUGGGUCAGCUGGCCGUAUUGACGGGUGAGCCACUUAUCUUCUCCGUACGGGCGAAUCGGGACUGCAGCUUCCUGUCCAUCUCGAAAACACACUUCUAUGAGAUCAUGCGAGCUGAGCCCACGGUGGUGCUGAAUGUGGCUCAUACAGUUGUAAGAAGGAUGUCAUCUUUCGUCAGGCAGAUUGAUUUUGCCCUUGACUGGAUGGCUGUGGAGGCGGGCAGAGCUGUCUACAGGCAGGGUGAUAAGUCUGACAGUACUUUUAUAGUGCUCAGCGGCCGCCUGCGUUCUGUCAUCUUGAAGGAGGAUGGGAAAAAGGAGCUGACUGGAGAGUACGGCAGAGGAGACCUCAUUGGAGUGGUGGAGGCUCUUACCCAUCAGAACAGAGCAACUACUGUUCAUGCUGUUCGGGACUCAGAACUGGCUAAACUACCUGAGGGCGCUCUCAGUUCCAUCAAGAGGAAAUUCCCACAGGUAGUCACAAGGCUUAUUCAUCUGCUUGGACAGAAGAUCCUCCAGCAAGUUAAUGGACCUCUGACAGCUCGCAGUCUAGCUCUGCACACACCCGGCAGUAAAUGGGAUGCAGGGAACCCUGCCUCAAACCUGGCCACUGUCACUGUACUCCCGGUAUCAGAGGAGGUUCCUCUGACUGCGUUCACUCUGGAACUCCAGCAUGCAUUGUUAGCUAUUGGGCCCACUCUUCUCUUGACUAGUGACAUAAUCAAACAACGUCUCGGCUCUGCUGCUUUAGACAGUGUGCAUGAGUACAGGUUGUCGAGUUGGCUGGGUCAACAGGAAGACAUCCACCGCAUAGUCCUGUAUCAGACAGAUGUGUCACUCACCCCAUGGACUCAACGCUGCAUCAGACAAGCUGAUUGCAUCAUCAUCGUGGGACUGGGAGAGCAGGACCCAGCCGUGGGAGAGUUGGAGCGCAUGUUGGAGGGGAGCGCGGUGAGAGCGCAGAAACAGCUGGUGUUGUUGCAUCGUGAGGACGGCCCUCCUCCCAAAGGAACAGCUGAAUGGCUCAACAUGCGGAGCUGGAUCUCCAGGCACCUUCACCUGUCCUGCCCCCGCAGGGUCUUCUCCAAGAGGAGCCUGCCAAAAUUGAGAGAAAUGUACCAGCGUGUGUUCCAGAAACCCGCCGAUCGCCACUCUGAUUUCUCUCGUCUGGCCCGUGUUCUCACAGGCAACGCUAUUGCGCUGGUGCUCGGGGGCGGAGGAGCCAGAGGCUGUUCUCAGGUGGGCAUCAUUCGAGCAUUGAGUGAGGCGGGAAUCCCCAUUGAUCUGGUGGGCGGCACCUCUAUCGGAUCCAUGAUGGGCGCGCUGUAUGCAGAGGACCGCAGUUACAGCAGGAUGAAGAUCAGAGCCAGAGAGUGGGCAAUGGAGAUGACAUCAGUGUUUAAAAAAGUGCUAGACUUGACCUACCCUGUUACUUCAAUGUUUUCCGGUGCUUCAUUUAACUCCAGCAUUAAUGCUGUCUUCAAGGACAAGCAGAUAGAGGACCUUUGGAUCCCAUAUUUCAACAUAACCACAGACAUCACUGCCUCCACAAUGAGAUUGCACACUGACGGCUCCCUGUGGAGGUAUGUGCGUUCCAGCAUGUCUCUUUCUGGUUACUUGCCACCAUUGUGUGAUCCAAAAGAUGGACAUCUGCUCAUGGACGGAGGCUACAUUAACAACCUGCCAGCGGAUGUGGCGCGCUCCAUGGGUGCUAAGGUGGUUAUUGCCAUCGAUGUGGGCAGCCAAGAUGAAACCAACCUCACCAACUACGGGGACGCCCUUUCUGGCUGGUGGCUGCUUUGGAAACGGCUCAACCCACUGGCUGAGAAAGUCAAGGUGUUGAACAUGACUGAGAUCCAGGCCCGGCUGGCUUAUGUGUGCUCAGUGAGACAACUUGAAUCUGUUAAGAAUAGCGACUACUGUGAAUACAUCAGACCGCCUAUCGACAGAUACCGCACGCUUGAGUUUGGCAAGUUCGAUGAGAUCAGCGAAGUGGGCUACCAGCAUGGGAAGACAGUGUUUGAUGUGUGGUGCAGGAGCGGCGUGGUAGAGAAGAUGAUGAAAGACAGACAUCAGGAGGAGUUCCACAAAACACAAAGCAGCAAUUUGGUGACUUGUCCAAAUGCUUCCUUCACUGAUCUGGCUGAAAUUGUGUCACGGAUUGAGCCAGUCAAACCAGCUCUUGUGGAUGAUGAAUCGGACUAUCACACGGACUAUGAAGAAGAGAUGGCAGAGAGUGCUCUAUCAGACAUUGAGCUCUACAACCAUUACAGUGAGCACACAGAGGAGGAACUGACUGCAGACACUGAUGAAGAAUUGGAGAGGUCUCACAGGCACCGUGUGCGCUCUGACAUGGAAAACCUUGGACCCGUGUCCUCCAAAACACCACAAACCUCCAGCCCCAACAGUCCUCCAACUCUUCACACGAGAAAAGGACUGAAACCCGUCCAUCCCAACCACUGACCUAGAUAUCAGCAUGGCAGUGAACAAAAACUGACACUCCCGUGAUAUGGGGUUUGGCCUUUUGUACACAUUCCAGUCACACUAAGUACAUCCAGGCCUUGAGGAGCAGGAAUCGAGUAUUUUGUGUAUUUACACAAGCUUUUUCCUUUCCUCUCAUACAAAAAUCCAAAGAAAACAUCAGUUGCACUGGAAGUUUUGAUGGGGUUAAAAUAAUACGUGGUCUUGCAUUUGAGCAGUAACUCAAGACGAUCCCAGAGUAUCUGUGAAGUUUCAUGCUGACUAUGCACUCUUUUGAUUGCCAAGCAUUAUCUUUACUCCGUCUUGAAUUACCGGUUAGUCAAUAGAGGAAGAAAUUCCACUAUUAAGACAAUCAGCUACAACAUUGUCUUUACAAACAGUUAGAUUGGAUUGCAUGUAAGCUUGUUUCUUCUUCUAUCAAUUGAAGUGGCAAAACAGAGUGAAAUAAUGACUUAGAGUUACAGAAAAAAAAAAGUGAUAUUGAACCUAGAGUUCUCUAUUUAUAAGCUCAGAUGACUGAUGUCAACCUUUUGUUUCAUUUAAACCUCUCAAGACCGUUUGGCAAGUUGAUUUGUCCCACAACUUUUCUGUUUCAUGAGUGAUCAAGUGACCACCAUUGUAUAUCAUACCGAAUGUGUCUGAGUUAACCAUACCUCUAGCUGCAUGUGAUCAAAAAAGCCUAUCAAUGCAAUAUUUUUAUAUUUCUUGUUUUUUUGUUUGUAAAAAAUUGCUGUAUGAUACCAGUAGUGCCUUUUAACCUUAAUACUAGCCAUACUAGACAAUGGGAGUUCGGUAAUGGUCAGAAAUGAUUAACAGUCUAACCACAAUGCCAGUAUUGAUUAAUAUGUAUGUGUGAGGUAUUGUUUGAGUUUUGUUUGUGUCGCCGUGACUGACAUUAAUUUGGAGAUUUGCGGUCAGGCCAUUGUUUUCGAAUCUUCUAGAACAAUCAUAGUGCUGUGUGCCAAUAGUGUCACUUAAAUCUGUUGUAACACUAUGCUAAAAACAAUGCACUUAGGUUAUCAGCAUUGGUUGUGUAUAUAUAUAUAGGGUCAGUUUGUUUCCAAAGUGAAAGAAACCACAAUACAUCUGCAAAGCACAAUGAGAAUACAUUUGAUGGGAGAAUCUAGUGUCAUUCUGCAAACGUCUUAAGAUGAUGAUUCCUAAUAAACUGUUUUGCUUUUGUCUUGACUUCCAGUCUUCAAAGACCACUGAAGCGUUUGAAAUAUUUGUUUAUUUGCAUAUGUUGCAUAAUGCUGGGCGGCUCACGUUUACCCUGUCUGCUGUGCGCUGCACUCCAGGAGCUGUGUGCCCGGUGGUAAUUACGAGGAUGAAUUAUGGGAUUCGGCUCCAAGUCCGUGGUUUUUCUGCCUAAUGUGGAUGCUGCCGUCUUCAAUCAUUGCUCGAUGCCAAGAUUGAGCAAAACAGCCUCAGCAGGCCGCUGCACGUGAGAUUUAAUGCACUCAGACACAUAAUGAAGACAAAACACUUCCAAAUGAGUUUUGUGAAGUGAGAACGAGGAGAUAAUCACACAUGAUGAACAAACGUCCUAUGUAUCACAUGCACUGAAGUGUGCAGCUGUGCUGGGUUUAGGGUCAAGGGUCAACAGUCAAGUGUUUCACUAGUUUAUGGUGUGGAAGAAAAAUUCAUUUUACUUAUGGAAUAUUGUGUAAGUGUCUGCUUUAUGUAAACCUGCUGUGAGGAUGAUGUGAGAGAAGGGUUUUGGGGCCCUAAAUAUAAAGAUUUGAAUCUUGGGAGUAUGACGUAGCAGAAUGUAUUUUUCUGAAUCUUACCAUGUGUGGAAAGUUACCAGUUAGGAGAUGUUACCUUGAAGGCUUGGGAAGAGAUAUAAGUUGGAGUGAGCCCUUCCUUCUUGGUCACACUCUGCAGUAACUCUGUGUUUCUGUAAGACUGACCUUCUUUGCAAAGAAUAAACUUAUGAAAGACAAUUGACUGAGUUUGUCUCUUAAGCGGUGAGAGUUGUUUUUAUUUUCCCACAACAAUGAAUAGUGGAGAAUCUGUUUGUGAGAACUUGCAAUAUAUACAGCUGCUUUAUUUUAAAGAAUGAACUUUUUUAUGUUGCUUUAAUUUUCUAAUCUGCUGCUACUUUUGUGAUCAAUUAAAGCACCUCAUAUUUCUA